UAUCCUCCUCCCACACUUUCACACCAACAAAACAAACAAGGCUUCUUGUUCAAAGGUUGUAAUGGCUGAACGAGUUGCACACCCUGGCCCUCGGGAUCGUUCUGUUUUAGUUAUGAUACCCGGUGAGCAUCGUGCCGAUCGUGUGUGGCACGAAUCAGCAUUUCGAGAUGACAAACUGAGGUGCCAUCACUAUUCGUCAUGUGCCUAUGUUGAUGAUGGUCCGCGUCAUCCUGGGGUGGUACGGUUGUUGAGAGCAUCUGGGUUUCACGGUGUCGAGAGAAUAGGACAAGUGCAGUUAGAUUGGUCACUUCUGACUGCGUUAGUGGAGAGGUGGAGACCCGAGGUACACGCAUUUCAUUUGCCCUUUGGUGAGGUAGGAUUGACUUUACAGGAUGUGCAAGUGUUGUUGGGGUUGCCCAUUGA